GUCUUACACGAUGCCGGCUUUCACGUCGUGGCGUACGACCUGCGGAACCACGGCGAGUCUGAGUCCAAGCUGCCCAGCGGCUUCGGCGAAGUCGAGUUCAUGGAUGCAGUGGGCGUCAUGGACUGGGUGAAUGCCCAUACAGUGCUGAAAGACUGUAAGGUUGCUUUGCUUCCCUUUUGCGUCUCUGGGGUGGCCUUCAUGAAGGCGAACUCACUCUAUCCGGAGAAGUUCUCGAAGGUCGUCGCGUGGGCCACCACCAACAUCUUUCAUGGCCCCACGAUGUUGGCGAACCGGCCUUACAUGUUUGGCAUGGGCAAUGUACAGCUCCUCAACGAGGCCUUCAAGAAGAAGCAGGCGCAGUACGUCAAAAGCGGCGAGCUGAAGAACUCUGACAUCAAGAUCACGGCCCAGCGGAUAUCUGCAAAACCCUAUGCGCCAGAUGUCAAAGUGCCCAUUCUCUACUGCGAUGUGAUGCACGACAUUUUGGAUUACCACGAGGCUAGCUGCCCUGACAUCUUCAAGGAGUUUGGCAAGGACCUCAGCGAGGAACUGAGGCAGCGAAACGAACUCCACUUUCUCGGGCCGAAUCAGCCGGCGCCUUUCACUACGGCAGGUAGGAACAGGAGCGAAGGCUACAACUUCUACCAGUCGGACGCUGGCAGCGAAGUCUUACUAG